UAUUCCUUCAGAGCGCAUUCAUUUUUUUUUGAGCAGUUGUGAAGGAGGAUGUGAGAAUUUUCUAACCUCCGUUCUGCCUCCUUUCGAUGAUUUGUGACAGAUAUUUUCCGUGAGUCUUUCAGCAUCUGUUGAUGCUCAAGUAUCGGGCUAAAUUAGUGGAUGAGGAACAAAACUAACCUUCUGCCGAGAGGGCAGUCGUUGACGCCAUCGUGAGGCCAUGGGAGCUCAGCAGGCAAAAGAGCAGGGUUCUGCUUCGACGAAUGCCUAUCAGCAUUCUCUUACCGGAUUGAAAAGUCUGAAAAGUAAAGGUCGCAGUGCUUCGCGCAAUGCGAGAUUUGGAUCUUCUACCAUCUCUGGAACAAAUGUCUUCGCAGAACAUAACGAGGCAUUGGUCACUGGCUCACGUAUGCUUGACUUCGUCAGCUGCAAUGGGGAUCCGAUGGGUGGUGGAGCUCAAUCAGACUUGCCACCGGGAACUUUGUUUCAAUGGACUUCGCAAGAGAACCUUUGUGCAGUUAGUGCCGGCCUUGUCACCGAAGUCGAAAGGCAACUUCAGGUUGCACCGCCUUCGCCUCCACCGCCUGUGCCACAAGGCUCACCAACUCCGUCUCCGAAGCCGCAACUGAGUUCCUUCAAGGGGAAGCGUGGGGAGCGCCAGCAACUGCAACAGGCACAAUCACUAAUGAUGGGGAAUGCAGCUUUGUCAUCCUUUCCCCAAAUGCAGCUCAAAUCGAAUGCCGUACAAUUACGCAAAACCAGCAAUGGGGCUGCGUCUGGCAGCAAUCAGCAACACCAGCGGUGUGACAAAGAGAAGAUAACAGCUCAGAAACCUGCUCCUCCGAAACGCACCAGUAGCUCGUUCCGUGACAGCAAUCUGAUGGAUGGUGAGGAUCCCGACACUGACGAUGAGCGGAUGGAAUCUGGCUUCACAACCCCUCAGUUAGCGCAGCAAUUGCAACACCAGUCUCUGCAUCCGUCCUGGGAUGACAAGAGUCACGAUGGGGUCGUGCAAGCUUUGCGAACCAACAGUCAGCAAAGUUUGCCCUGUUCCAACGAGCCCGAGUCAUUACCGCAGCAUGCCGGGAAUUCUCCCUCGAUGUCUUCUUUUGGGCGUAGUUGCGGUGCUGCUGGUGUGAGCAGAGAGGCCUCUCGUAGUAGGGCGAUGGCCGUGAAACCUACGGAGAAAGGAUUCGAAAGACGAGUUAGUCAGCCGCACGACGAGAAAAGCGCUGUUGCGUUCACUUCGGCAAGUAACGGCCAUCCAGCCAUGAACAAAGCGAAGAAGGUGAAAUCUUCAUCGCCACCGCCUGGCGUUUUAUCUGUGAUUGGAGGGGGCACCGGGAUGAAGAAAAAUGUGGCCAUAACAGUAGCAGCCCUGGAGGUGCAAAACGUGCGCCGUGCCAUCAACAGAUACGGCACGCUACCCAAGAAUGCCCGGAUAGGUGCAUAUCUAGAAUCCCUUCGACAAAGUGGUAUCCAUUCCACGAGUAGCGGCGGUGUCCCAGUCUACGACGGCAUGGACGACGAAUCAGACGCAACGCAGCUUUCUCCAGCAUUCCAGGACGACACGAGGAGCGAACGGGACGCCAAGCAGACAGUGCAUCAUCGUCGUACUCAGCAGACGCCGCCUGAAGAAGAGACUGGCUCGCUGACUGAAGAGCGAAUCCGAGCGCGGGAUCUUCGCAAUAAGCAUUUGAUGACACGCAGUAGCUCAUCGUCGACAGGGUUUCCGAAUGCACCUUGCUUAGUGCCUGGCAAACUGGGUGCUGGACGGGCAUAUCAGUCUUCGCGAGCCGUCCUGGGUGCCAGUAACAACUCCCAAGUAUAUCGGUUGGCCAGUCAUAGCGGCAACAGUAAAGCAGUCAAGUCGCAGGAUUCCCCUGGUCGGAAGGAGGCUGUGUUGGAGUUCCCACCUCCGCCGCCGCCGGAUGACGACACACUUACUCAACUGCAAGCUGAAGCCAAGGAAAGACUGCUGAACACCAGUACUAACAAAUCCAAGGCACCUCAUCAUCAGCAGCCACCGCAGCAGAGUGCAUCUCGAGAACCAUCGAGUGUCGGCGGCGUGUGUCCGCCAUCAGAAAAACAGAAUACGUCAUCAUCGUCGUCUUCGUUGCGGUUCGGUAUCAAUCUUCGACGAACUGAACCAGCGCCGCUUGUCCCAUCUCCUGUAACUACGCCCGUAGUCGAGUCCGAUAGACAGAGUUUGACAUCGUGCGAAAGCUCCGCUGCUGUAAAAAGCUUCCCAGUUAUUGUGCGCAACGGGGAAUUGAGUGAAUCGCAGGAAGACGGUGCUGGGAAGUGGAAACCUUCGCAGCCAUUCAGUGCCAGUUCCGACUCCCUUAGCACAAUGAAUCAAAGUCCCGAAGAAUUGGAUUGUCCCCCGGAAAGGUUAACAUCUACGACGAAGGAUUCUCGAGCGAGAAAUGAACCACCACCGUCCCAGACUUCGAGUGUUGCGCCGACAAUGGAUCCGAGACCCAAUUUCGCUCACAUUUCUCUUCGUAAAGUGGCGCCGCCGACGACGAAGCCGCCGCCUCCAGAGAAAAGCACGCUUUUGAGUGCUGGAAACAAUGCUGGAAGUGGUGUUUAUGCUUUACCUGGUGCUCCAGGGAGUGGAGCAACAGCAGCUGAUGAUGCGAGUCGCAUGUAUGAGAAGCCGCAGGUGUUGAAGCGGUUUAGUUUGCUAAAGCAGAAGAAUGAAGCUGAAAAAUCCGACGUUGUUGACAACAAACACGCGAAUGCGACUGAUAAAGGGGAAACUCAACGUGCGUUCAACGCACCGGGGGGUAAAACGAAAGAAGAUGUUCUUGCUGCCGCGGUUGCCGAAGAAACCUUGAGGAUGAAAGACCAUCAUUUGUCGGAUGAAGUCAAUGAUGACGGCAAGCGAAUCAGUACCAGCAGUAUAACCAGCUUGAAGAAGAUGUGGGAGCGAGACCGAGAACAGAAACAGCAACAGCUUUUGGCCAGUGUUCAGAAAGAACAAGGGAGUGUAGAGUGUUCUCCCCGUGUUGCUGCGGAGAAAAAGAUGGUUUCGAGAAGAAGUUCGGAUCCGAAGAAGUCGAGCGUAUGUGAUCCCGGAAGACCCGAGGUACCCGUGAAACCAACGAACAAACAUAAAUCUUCCCUGAGUGAUGCAGCAGAAGCAACUAAAGAGUUGGCUCUGGAACGCUGCCGUUCAGCAGAAGCCACUCUGUCACAGGCGAAGGGUCAAUGCGUUGCCGAUGCGUUGACCCGAGUUACCGCUUCUGCUAUGUCAGAUAAGGUCAAGGUGCUUCGUGAGACUUGCGGUCAACUGGCUGACGCCGUGCCGCCACAUUCUCGAUUCCAUUUCCGCGAGAUGCUAACGGCGUUGGAACGACACGAAACGAUGCUUGGUGAAUGUGUGGAUUCUGGUCGUGGACCCGCGGAAGCUCGUCGAGCAAUCAAUGAUGCCCAGGGGACUCUCAAGGAUCUGAUGGCCGUGCUGAACAGAUAGCUGUCGGCUUUGCGGAGAACCUUGUCUUCUGACGAUGACGACGACGGCUGAGUCUCAAUUCUGCUGGUUCUCUGCUGAUGAUGCUGGUGUCUUUGUGAGGAUGCGUGACUAGGGAUGAGACCCGACCCGUAAUCUGUGCUUUUUCUGGAGCAGUUUCGACCAAAACAAAAACCAGAGCGAAGUCUCGUGCUGUUCUGUAGUGGUGGCUGAACUGAGAGUGUCUUCUUAGAUGAUAUUGUCAUGUUCAUCCGUAUGCUCUUGUGUCAAGUCAUCGAUUCAGUGAGACACUGAAUAUUCAAAUGCUCCCCGCGUCGAAGCAGUCGCGUCAGCUACAGGAGUGCGUCUUUCUCGUGAUGUUUCGCUGGAAUUCGCUGUGUGACGAGUUAAGUCGGAUCGAGCGUGUUUUCAUAUUCUUCUUCCAUAUUGCUUCUGUUGAAUCGGAACGUCGGGAGAAGAGUCCAAAUGAACGCGCUUAAUUGAGUGCGAGGUUGGGAAAUGAUGGAGCGAGGGAUCAGGUGGUGUGGCUCUGUUGCAAAGUCUGAAGAGCAAAGGUGUUUUUUGGGGGGGG